CAACCCCGGCUCCCUCUCCUCCAUCCGCGCCUACCUCUACCUCGUCGUCGCCACCGCGUCCCUCCGGAUCGGCGCGCCGCCCUGUGGGCCAACUCCACCUCGUCGACCGGCGACGUAAGCUGCUCCGCCUUCCCUUCUAUUACUCCGAGGCGACAACUCUCCGGCGGCGGUGGCGGUUCGGCAGCUGAGGAGGAGGAGGCGAGGGGAAGAGGACGAUUUUGACGCCGACGCACUGGACUUUGCCGACCCUUUGCCCCUUGACUGAAGCUUUGCAUCCUCAAGCGGAAGUUUGGCUGGGGCAUAAGUGAAGUCCAUUACCUGAAGGUAGCAACAAAGCACCGGGCUAACAUACUCAUCCUCGGUUUUAGUUGGAUAUAUAGUCUCCUCAAAGGUAGUUGUCUAAACCACCAGACGGAGGGUCGCAACUCACAGGUGAUACAUCUUGCCAGCAAAUGUGCAAGUAGCAUUUAUCUUUCUCGAUACUAUUAGGUGGUAACCAGUUGACAAGUGGAAGAGGUAGCUGCUGAGCGAGAUUGGACAAUGGCAGGAAUGAGCUGCACCUCGAAUCGUCCCGACCUGCUGCUCCAAAAGAUCAAAUUUUUUGUCCGUUCACUACUCGAGGACCUCUCCAACAAUCGCUCUACCUGUGUUGCCCUAGAUUGCUACCGCAACUACUGCUCUGAUCCUUCUGGGACUUGUAGUUGCAGUUAUGACUUACCUAGUGGUAAGGAAAUAAUCUCGAUAGAGAGGGAAGCUCAUGCAUACAGAUUGGAUAUCCUGCUCAGAGUGCUACUAAUAAUACAACAACUGUUGCAAGAGAAUAAGCAUUGUUCCAAAAGAGACAUAUAUUACAUUCACCCUUGUGUUUUCAGAGUACAAGCAGUUGUUGAUCAUGCUAUCAAUGAUAUUUGUCUCCUCUUAAAGUGCAGCCGCCAUCAUCUUAACGUGGUUCCUGUAGUAAAAGGUGUGGUGAUGGGUUGGUUAACGUUUGCAGAGGCUGGAAGAAAAUUUCAUUGCAUAAAAAGCCCCAACACUGCCUAUCCGAUUCCAGUGCGCAUUGAGGAAGUGGAAGAUGUUGUAAGUGUCGCCCAUUACAUACUUGUUGUGGAAAAGGAGACAGUAUUCCAGCGUUUAGCUAAUGAUAAAUUUUGUGAAAGAAACCGCUGCAUUGUCAUUACAGGAAGAGGCUACCCAGAUGUCCCUACAAGAAGAUUCCUGCGCUACCUUGUGGAGCAGCUGCAUUUGCCAAUCUAUUGUUUGGUAGAUUGUGAUCCUUAUGGAUUUGACAUUCUAACAACCUACAGGUUUGGCUCUAUGAUUGUUUGGUGUUUUUUUCUUGAGAAAAUGGCAUAUGAUGCGAAGUUGAUGCAUGUUCCUGAGAUACAAUGGCUUGGUGUUUUUCUUUCCGACCUUGAGGAAUACCAACUUCCAGACCGUUGCUUUCUGUGUUUGACACCUGCAGAGAAGAGGAAGGUAGAAGCCAUGCUAUCGAGAUGCUAUCUGAACAAGGAAGCACCACAAUGGAGAGCUGGAAAUCAUGUUGCACAAGGGAUUGAAAUUUGAGAUUGAAGCAUUAUCUGCUUAUUCAAUUUCCUUUUUGUCUGAGUACAUCCCUGCGAAGAUACAACAGGGAAGGCACCUCUGAUUCGUAUGUAUUGUUUUCACAAAACAUGAUUAGAUAAAAAUGGAUUCCGUCUUAAUGAAAGGAAUUACAUCUAAAUACUUGUGUAUUGGAUUUCUUUUCGUUUGAUUAUUUUUCACAUAGUUUUAGAUAA